AUGGAGACUAGGUUUUCUAUAAAUUCACAAUUUAUAGCGGAUGGGCAGGCGUUGGGUUUUACAGGAGCUGACUUGCAGAACUAUGUGAAAGAACAGAAGGAAGAAUAUGUCAAGGCAGAACAAGCAAGAUUGGAUAGGGAGGAACGGCUCAAGAAGGAACAAAGGGCGGAGGAGCAUGAACGAUGGAAAGAAAGGGAAGUAGUGGAAGCUAAAAAGAGGCAGGAAGAAUUGGAAUUGGCUAGACUUCAGGAGAAAAUUGUGGAGAAGGAGUUGCAGAAAGAAAGUAAAUCUGAAAACAAAGAAGGAGAACCUAAGAUCCAGGAUAAACAUAGACAUAUAAUUGAUAAGUUGGACAAGAGUUUUCAGAAUAUGAAGGAAGAUGAGGAUUUGAUUGGUUUCUUGACUCUAUUUGAGGCGGUGGCAACAAGAUGUUGUAUUGAUAAGAAAAGUUGGGCUAUGUUGUUAUCGUACAAAUUGACGUCGAAACUCAAGAAUUUUAUGCUGCAAGAUGAUCUGUUUAAGAAGGAAAAUUAUGAUGAAGUAAAGGUUAUGCUAAUGAGGCAGGCUGAUAUAAAUGGAGAAACGUGUAGGAAGAAAUUUCACCAAAUUAGACCUAAAGAAAAUGAUUUCAGGGGAUAUGUAGCCGAUUUGAAAAGGGCACUAGACAAUUGGAUGAAGAUGGCGGAGGUAAAGGAGACCAUAGAAGGCAUGAAAAAUAUGAUUGUGACAGACAGAUUAUUAGAGAGUGUUUCAGGGGAAGUGUAUCGUCAACUUAUCUUAAAUAAAAGUGAUAAUGUAGAAGACAUGCUACAAGUAAUUGAAAGUUUUAAGACUGCAAGUUCAACAAAAUCAUUAUGUAAAGAGGAAAAUGUGUAUGUAAUGGGAGCUGCUGAAGCCACAAGUCAGAAUUAUGCUAGUGACAGGAAAGUCAUAACUUGUUUUAGGUGCGGAAAAGUAGGUCACAGGUCAACGGAAUGUUAUGUGGGUGGAGCCGGAGUGAAACCAAAGCAGGUGACAUAUAAUAAGGAUGGACCAAGACAUGUGUCAGGCACAAGGAAUGUGUCAUAUGGAACUUACAGGAGGCAGUUUGAUACUAGAGGAAGGAGAAUGGAUGGAGGGAAUUGGAGAGGAGCUUACAAUGAUGUGAACCAUGGUGGAGGAAAUAACAGAAGGAAUUAUUCAGGUUUUGAUUAUACUAAGGAGAAAAACACAGACAAGUCAAAGAAAGUGCAAAACACAGACAGAUGCAUCAGAUAAAGGCAUUUCAGGUAUAUUAAGUCAGAUGAGAGAUGGUGUGUUACAUCCAGUGAAGUUUGUCAGUCGCAAGUUGUUGCCACGUGAACAGAAAUACUCUAUCCUUGAGCGGGAAGGACUGGCC